GAGGAGGAGGAGGGGGGAGUUGGAGUGUCCCAGCCCUCUGAGUCCAGCUGCUGUGCGGCUCCACAGCUGUGCUGCACCACUUACACCAUGACUCAAGCCGCAAGCAGGACGCUUUUGGCACUAUUCGUCACGUUUUGCGCUUUASGAUGCGGAUGGACAGCAGAGAAGCYGUUGCGGUCCCAAAAUGGGAAACAGACAGCUGUGGACAAGGUCUUAAGGGAGAGCUGGCAGCCUUCGAUCCAUCUGGAUGGAAGACCUGUGGAUCGCUUCGUCAUGAGCUCCAGCAAACCCAGCCGUUCCCACCGCUUCAGUAAAGUCAGCAAGGACACUCGCUCGCUUCCGUCAGAGGAUGUUGACCCAGAAUUGAUCAACUUGGAUGGUUUUGCUGUGCUGGUCAACCCACCUGUCAACACAUCAGCAGGUUUGGUGAAGUCCUCUCAAACCACUGACAGAAAUCACUCGACGUCCAGACGAACUACCAGGGUGAACAGAACGGCUCGUCCGGCAGGUUUGACCUUUAACCGGUUGCUCCGGAGAGCCCCUCAGUCCUCCUCGGGUCCGAGGCAGCCCGAGAGAGCUGUGGCAGGAACCCCACCGCUGGAAAGAAGACGCCAGCGCCAAACCAAGCCUCAAGCUGACCAGAGAAACGAACAAAGUCCAAAACUUG